ACUACUUGUGUUCAGAGGUGGAUACAGGGUACUGAUAUAAAUAGGCGGAUCAUUUCGUCAGUUUUAGUGAGUUCACUAUCAAGUCAGGAACAAUGUUUGCAUGUGGAGUCUUCGUCCUUCUCUGUGUCCUAGUGGCCGUAUCUGAUGGAGUGAGAGAGCCUGACUGCAAGCCUUACUCGUCUAAAGGAUGCCCAAAGAACUAUGAUCCCGUGUGUGGAUCUGAUGGAAAAACAUAUGACAAUGAAUGCCUGCUGUGUGCUGCCAUCAAGGAAUCAAAUACUACAAUCUUAAUCCAGAAGGAAGGCGAAUGUGAUCAACCUCAAGAGCCUGACUGCAAGCCUUACGGUCCAUCUGACGCAUGCCCACUGAUCUAUGAUCCCGUGUGUGGAUCUGAUGGAAAAACAUACAGCAAUGUAUGUGUGCUGUGUGCUGCCAUCAGGGAAUCAAAUACUACAAUCUUAAUCCAGAAGCAAGGCGAAUGUGAUCCACCUCAAGAGCCUGACUGCAAGCCUUAUGGUCCAUCUGACGCAUGCCCACUGAUCUAUGAUCCCGUGUGUGGAUCUGAUGGAAAAACAUACGGCAAUGUAUGUGUGCUGUGUGCUGCCAUCAGGGAAUCAAAUACUACAAUCUUAAUCGUGAAGCAAGGCGAAUGUGAUCAACCUCAAAAGCCUGACUGCAAGCCUUACCCGUCUAACGCAUGCCCACUGCACUAUGAUCCCGUGUGUGGAUCUGAUGGAAAAACAUACGGCAAUGUAUGCAUGCUGUGUGGUGCCAUCAGCGACUCAGGAAUUGAAAUCUCUAUCGUGAAGCUAGGCAGAUGCGAUGAAGAUCUGCAGGUGUGACACAGGAAUGGCAGCAUAAUUCAGCUUGACAGACCUUUACUCAGCAUUAUUGUGUCUCAUUCAUUAUAACCUGAAUGUGUAACGGUUUAAUCCUUAAAUAAAUGCUGCAUAUUGAA